GUUGAUUCUACUUUCUCAUUAUUGAUUCAGCAUGUAACCAAGAUGGGUCUUUCUUGAGAUGCUCUCUAUGUUCCCUUGCAACUCUAAAAUUCUAUGAGUACUGGGGAGAAUCAAUAGUAUCAGUUGAAUGUUUACUGCUGGCAUCACCCAUUACAUCAUAUUGACAUAGGAGGGAAACCCCACAUACAAUUGCCUGCAUAUUCCCUCUACCAACAGACUUUCUUUAACUCUGUUCUAAUCUUAGGUGCCAAAACACUUCUGCUGGUGUUGCUGAAACAAAAUAACAGUACUCUUCGAGAACUUUUUAAAAGAAAUAUUUCAAAGAAUUAAGAUGGCCAACCAGUCUACAGUGACAGAAUUUCUUCUGAUGGGGUUUUCCAGUGACCCAGAAGAACAAUUUUUUUACUUUGUGAUAUUUCUCUCCAUUUAUUUAAUAGCCUUAGUGGGGAAUUUUCUCAUCAUCGUUGCUGUUGCCCUAAACCACAAGCUACACACCCCUAUGUACUUCUUUUUGGUCAACCUAUCAUUAUCAGACAUUUGCUACAUCUCUACCACAAUCCCCAAAUCCAUAGCUGCUUCUUUGUUGGGUUACAAAAAGAUUUCUUUUGCUGGCUGUGUCGCACAGGUUUUCUUAGUUUUCACUUUUGGAGGUUCUGAGCUUGCCAUGCUCACUAUCAUGGCUUAUGAUCGCUAUGCUGCAAUCUGCCAUCCUCUACAGUAUGAGCUAAUCAUGAACUGGGAUGCCUGCAUCCAAAUGGCAGCUGCUUCCUGGAUAAGUAACCUAAUUCAUUCAUCAUUACAUACCAUUAUCACUUUCAGGCUAGAUUUCUGUGGGUCCAAUAUUAUUGGGCAGUAUUUCUGUGAUAUCCCUCAGUUGCUAAAGAUUUCUUGUACUGACACAAAGGUUAAUCAAAUUUUGAUUUUUGCCAUAGGGAUUACAGUAGCUUCAUUUUGUGGAGGGUUCAUCUUUGUUUCCUAUGGCUACAUCUUCUCUGCAGUGUUGAGAAUCCCUUCUGUUCAAGGUAGAUAUAAAGUUUUCUCUACCUGCAUCCCCCACCUGACUGUCUUUUCUUUAUUUAUUAGCACAGAUUUGUUUUCAUAUAUGAGUCCUAAAGCACUUUCUUCUACAACGAUGGAUUUGCUCUCUGCUGUAUUGUAUACGGUUUUGCCACCACUACUGAAUCCCAUUAUUUAUAGCUUUAGGAACAAAGACAUCCAAGAGGCUGUACUGAAAAUACCGAAAAGAAUUAGAAGUCUCCUAGCAUGAUUGCUCAAGUUGUGUCUCAUACACAUCACAUUUCCUGUGCUUUGUAUAAGAAUGCAAAUGUCCGUAAAAAAUUGCAUAAAAAUGCAUUAUAUUGCAUAACAGUGCAUUGCAAAUAGAUGGGUAUUGGGCAAAUUUGCAUAUAAAAUGUGCAUAUUAGAAUCGUUUCACACAGAACAACUUUCAUUAGGACUUUAAGGACUUUAGGAGUUUUCAUUAGGACUUUAAAAAACGA